AUGUCCAUUAGUUUAUUAAGAACAAUACGUAGAACGGUAGUGAUUUGUAGUUUUCCUAAAAUCAUGGCUUCGCGACAGUCUAGUGAUAUGCCAAAGUUCAGGGAAGCAUUAAGAUCGGCUAAAGAGAUUGUUGUCUUAUCGGGAGCCGGUAUUAGUGCAGAAUCUGGAAUACCAACGUUUCGCGGCGCUGGUGGAUUGUGGAGAACAUACGAAGCGGCGUCUCUUGCUACUCCUGGAGCAUUUCGGAGUAAUCCCAGCUUAGUUUGGGAAUUCUAUCAUUAUAGGAGAGAAGUAGCAGCUAAGGCGCAACCAAAUGCUGGUCAUUUAGCCAUUGCUGAAUAUGAAGCCAGGCAUGGGACAGAUAAAAAAAUAACAGUGAUCACACAAAAUGUUGAUGGGUUACAUGCUAGAGCUGGAACUAAUGACUUGAUCGAACUCCAUGGAAAUCUAUUUAAGACAAGGUGUACUAAAUGUAAAGAGGUCUUGGCCAACAAUGAUAGUCCAAUUUGUGAAGCUUUAGCAGGCAGAGGAGCUCCAGAUUUAAAUGUAAGAGGUUCAGAUAUUCCAAUCAGCUCUCUACCACACUGCCAGAAACCUGAAUGUGGUGGUCUACUGAGACCACACAUAGUAUGGUUUGGAGAAAAUUUAAAUCCUGCUGUGUUGGAGAAAGCCAAAACAGCAAUGUCAACCUGUGAUGUAUGUUUAGUAGUGGGUACAUCAUCAGUAGUGUAUCCAGCGGCCAUGUUUGCACCAGAAGCAGCUGCUCGAGGAGCUAUCGUAGCCGAGUUUAACUUGGAACCCACUCCUGCAACCUCGGAAUUCCACUUCUACUUCCAAGGACCUUGUGGCACUACACUGCCACAAGCUUUGGCAGAAUAA